CCUGGCUUUAUUUCUCAUAACCUAUACCACGUUUCCUUUUCCUCGAUGGCGAGUUCUGGUUCAAACAGCAGGAGUCUUGAGCAACUGACCGAUAGUGAGAAGCAGCGGGUGCAUAAUUUCCGUGAGGUCACCAGCGUUGACGAUGUGGGCCUAGCAAUUGACGUCCUUCGUUCGAAGGAAUGGAACCUAGAGCAGGCAAUUCAGGCAUUCUUUGAGCCUGGCUACGUAAAUACGCUUGUGGAGUCUUCGCAAGCUGAGGUAGACGAUGAAUUAUCUGCUGCAGCAACAGCUUCAUCAUCGCAGACGCAGGCACCAGUGGCUGGUGGUGCAUCUUCCAGCAGGGCUACCGCAGCAACCAGAGGCGAAUCUCAACUGCGGCAGAGGACCCAGUCUGACAGAAGUAGUCAGACAAGGAAUGACGGCACAAGUGCUGACGACGGUCUGGAGCAGCGUAGGCGAGCAGCUCACAACUGUCGCGCUGUUAAGCCUGCAUUUGGCUGGAUGCCGUUGUUUACCUGGCCGUUCAGUCUUUCAUGGCGGGUUACGCUAUAUUUCGUAAAGCUGGUGCUGUCGCUUGUUGGCCAGCAGCGUAUUGCCGAUGAGGGUGUGCCUGGUGGCCACUUUGAUGGUGCCAGUAUACCAGCAUCAUCAUCGUCGACUGCGCUUCUUGGUCAGCGCGGAGAGACGCCCGAUUCUGGCAGCCAUGGCCCACUAGACGAUGCUGCACAGCUCGCUGCGACGUUUGAAUCACAGUUUGGCACAGCUCACCCGCCUUUCUUCCACGGUACCUAUGCGCAGGCCCUAGAUGUGGCCAGGCGUGAGUUCAAGUACCUUGUGGUUGUUCUAUGGAGUAUGGAGCAUGACGACUCAGCCGCCAUGGGCCAGGUCCUCACUCACCCGGAUAUUGUCAGCUACCUGAGCCAGCCACGAUUUGUGCUGUGGAUGGGAGACGUCACCCGCAGCGAGGCAUAUCAUGUAGCAUCCACACUGCAGGCAGCUGCUUACCCGUUCAUUGCCUUGGCUGCGCUCAAAUUCCAGACGACGGCUGGUUCAGUGGCUGGUUUGAGUGGGCGGUUCAGGCUGCAAGUUGUCACCCGCAUCGACGGCCUUCCCUCGGCAGACACUGUCUCCAGCGACGCUCAAACCGCCGAUAACGGUCUACCGCCACAUGUCAACGGAGUUACACGCUCACUGCUUUCAUUGAUUAGCGGGCCUGUCGAGCGACAUGAUCAGGCGCUCAAUGCAGCGCGGCGCGAGCAGGAGGAGCGUGAUGCGGCCCGCAGGCUGCGCGAACAGCAGGAUGAGGCGUACCAUGCGUCACUGGCCCGUGAUCGUGAGCGCGAGCGCGAAGCGCAAGAGCAAGCAGAGCGGGACCGUGCUGAGAAGGAGCAGGAGCAGGAGCGCAAGCUUCAAGAGCAGAAGCACGAGGAAGCACUGUGCAAGUGGCGGUGGGCGACUCUGGCUCAAAUUUUGCGCGAAGAGCAAGACACAGCCGAUGCGUCGGUCAGCUCCGGUGGGUGCAAGCUCAACCUACGCCUAGAUAACGGGCACCGCAUCGUCAAGGUAUUCCCGGAGGAUGCGACGAUGCAGCAGCUGUUUGACUUUGUAGAGACGCGUGAGGUUGCUGGGGAGUGGGACGCGAGCAAGACCACACCGUUUGGCGACGAUAUCGAUGCGAUCGAUCCACCAACAGACUACAAACACGAAUACGAGUUUUCGCUGGUCUCGCAGUUCCCCCGUGUUGUGUUUGAUGAUAGGACCGUCGGUCUCAAGGAGGCGCUAACCCCCCACCGCUUGUGGCCAACAGCCUCAUUGAUCGUCGAACCCAAGUUUGAGAACGAGGACGACGAGUGAGCUCGUCAUCUGCCAAAAAGACAUAGUUUUCUAGCAAUAAGACCACUACCAAUAUAUUGCAGGCAUGCUGGCAUUAGAAAUCGAUAUCAACAUCGU